ACGUCACGCCCCCUCGGUUUUUUUUUUUCUUCCUUUCGACACAAACGUACGCUGUCCUCUUUUUAACGUACCAGUUGAAUCCUAUUGAAUGCAGAGCGCGACUUGUCAAAACGCAGCUUUGAACACGUUGGCCAGUCCAGAGCAGCAGCAGCAGCGGAGGAGAAGAAGAAGCGACGGCAGCCUCUCUACAGGAUAAAUUUUCCUUUUAUUUAUCCCCUUUUCUCUUCUCUGGAAUAACUCGGCUUCGAAUGAAAUUUGCCGGUUCGCCAGGAGUCUGCUGUGGCGGCACACGGACGUUAUAUAAGGCGAAUAACGGACAGAGAUGAGCCUGCACGUACGUUACAGUAUAGCGGCACAAUAAUCGCAUGUGGCUGUCUGGGUUUGGCACUUCAAAAGGCGACGGAAACGCUGGACCCCACGCGGAAUUCGUUCAUUUAUGUGUGCUACAUCACGUUUUAGGCUAAUUUAUUCGUAGAGCUAGCUAGCUUGGACGCCGCUGCCAAUGCUGGACCAUACACUAUUGUGUAUGCGUAUGAUUGAACUUAGCUAGGCGGCUAACCAGGAGCGCUGCUGAUGAGCCCGUGUGUGCGUAGUGGAAUGAUGAGCAGAAGAAACCUCCACCAAACAGGCGCUAAUGGCUCCGAUUAACCGUCCAAGCCCUCUUUAAAUAUUGGUUCAUAUGAUUAUUAAAGACAGACACAUAGCCAAUGUGUGUUUCAGCCCUGGUGGGCCCCGCUAUCAUUCAUAAAACUAUCCUUAAGGCGAAGAAUGGGCCCAUGUCUUAAUUUGGACAACAAAGAAUUAGGCUACUGAAGAGGUUAAGCUGGUUAGAUAAGCUUGUUUUAGCGUUUUUAGGUGAGCUAGCAAGCUGGUUGGCGGAUUAGUCACACAGUCUGGACAGUACAGCUCCUUGCACUCCCUUCACUUGGAGUAUUAUUUUGCACGUUUUUCUUCUCUGAGAGCCGCACCACAAUGAGCAGUCACAGCGGGGACGCCGCGCCGGUGGAUGUGGAGCCCAUGCCGGGAUACUUAGACCUCAUCACCCGAGCCUCCACCGUUAUGUUGGGCGCAUGGAGAGACUGUAGCACAUGCGGGCUAGAGCUCUCUAAACGGACUCUCCUGGAUAACGCAUACAUUACACUGACCGAAAUCGCCCUGUUCUUCUUUUGCGCCUUUUUGUGGACGCAGGUCAGACGGGGAUUGACAGAAAGUCUGUUUAAGCCUCUAGCACAGUGGUUGAGGCUGCUUCCCAAAGAUGCUGCCAAGAUGCCAGAGAGCGCGUGGAAGCUGGUCUUCUACACCAUGUCGUGGUCAUACAGCACCUACCUGCUCUUCUUUACCUCCUACUCCUUUUUCCACGACCCGCCCUCUGUCUUCUACAACUGGAAGAGUGGUAUGUCAGUGCCUACAGACAUCGCCAUAGCCUACCUGAUCCAAGGCAGCUUCUACGGCCACUCCAUUUAUGCGACUUUGUACAUGGACGCAUGGAGGAAGGACUCAGCCGUCAUGGUGGUGCACCACAUCAUCACGCUGGCACUCAUCAGUUUCUCCUAUGCCUUCAGAUACCACAAUGUUGGGAUUCUGGUGUUGUUCCUUCACGACAUCAAUGACAUCCAGCUGGAGUUCACCAAACUGAACAUCUACCUGAAGUCCAGAGGCGGGGGGUACUGCCUGCUCAAUGACGUGCUGUCCAACAUGGGCUCUGUCAGCUUCAGCAUCACUUGGUUUUGGUUUCGUCUCUACUGGUUCCCUCUCAAAGUGCUGUAUGCCACGUGUGUAUCCAGCCUUGAGUCUGUCCCCGGCAUUCCCUUCUACUUCUUCUUUAAUGCUCUUCUCCUGGCGCUGCUGCUUAUGAACAUAUACUGGUUCUUGUUCAUCGUGGUCUUCGUGGUGAAGGUGUUAAAGGUAAAAGAGGUAAACGACGUCAGGGAGUAUGAGGACGAGGACGGCAGCAAGGCAGCAGCGGGCCUGCUUGGAGAACCGAAGGCAGAAAACAACGAUGAUGAUGCUGGACAUCACAUCUCUGCCCAGGGCUCCCUGACCCUCUGUUGUCUCCUCUCUCUGUCGCUGUCUUACAGGAAGCAUGUGCAGAACGGGAUCACCAAGGAGAAGCAUCUAUAACAGGCUCUUCGUCGCCACCACCUGGCACUGGGCUGCAAGUACAAAACAAGACAAGACGCCCUCCUCGGACUGCUGUGCUCCAGACGUGGCUGAAGGGAAGAGUGUCACAAAAAAAAAAGAAAGGAAAAAAGAAGUUAGGCUGCAAUUAACUUUUUACUCUUUUUAUUUGUUUUAGAACAUUUCAUUUCAUCACUGAUAUUUUGUUUUAAUUUUUUAUUAUUAUUAGAGCACUGUGAAUGUUAUUUCAGGUGACUUUUUGUCUUAUUGUUGCUAACUUUACAUUUGAUAGAUUCAGUAGGAACAAACCAGUUUGAGUGAGAGCUGAACUGUGAUAGUCACAUAUAGUUAAAAUGGGUGGAGUAACCAUCACCAUCAGCCUGAGCAGCAGCAUCCUGCAGCACCCAGAUAAGAUGGCAUUUAGUGGUACUGUAGACUUUUAGCCCUACUGUAACCUUUAGCUCCCUGGUAAACUAGCAAUAUGCUGAUCUAAAGGGUGCGUGCUGUUGAAAUAUGUUUAUAAACAAAUUCCUUUCCUCCUUUAUCCACACUAAAACUCCGUCCAUCCCCUUUGACUCCAGACAUGAAGAGAUAACGGUAAAAAACAUGACUCGCAUGGAUAUCAAGGCUACAUUCACAGCUGUGGCGAUGCAGGAGAGCCUGCUUGGUGUUACUGUUUUGAUUUCCAUAUCAUUGCAUGUCAGUGGUGGAGACCACACAGCUCUGCUCCCGCCUGCGUUCAUUAACUUGUAUUAAAAUCCACAUCAGUGUAGGUACGCGUACAUGUGUGUGCUAGGAGAGUAUGGAUGUAGCCGAAGCUUUUAAACUCCACAACAUUUCACCUCUCACUUCAAUUUUUUUAACAUUUUAUCUCUUCUACUGAUGAUCAACAGACAUCAGCAUUUUUACUUGUAUAGAAGAAAAUGUUUUGCUUUUUUAGUCUUUUUUUCUGUGUUGCAAACAUCUGUUGCUGCACUGACAUGAAGGCGUACAAGCUAGUUGCUGGUUUAAUGACAGCAAAUAGCUCGAAUUGAUUGACUGGGUUUCAGCGUUAUCAUCAUGAUUUAAUUUGUUUAAUAUGAAUUAAUAAUAUUUUUUAACCAGUUCAUGGUGGUGGUGGCUAUGUGGUUCACAGAAAAUUGGAACAAUAGCCUAGUAACUUGUAAAGAUAAAAACAGUAUGAUAAAAACAUUAUGUAUGCACACAUUAUGGUAUUCAGGAAUGCAUGACAUCGAAUGAUUUUGGAAAUAUGCUAUGAAAUUGUCUUACAAACAAUGAAGAAAAAAAAUCAUCUUGUUAUGUAACCAUAAUGUCUAUUUAUGUCUAAAACUUUUCUUUGUUAUGAAGCAGCAGUGGCCACUGAACACAUGCAACGUUUUUCUUACUAACACAUUUAAACCAGUGUGUGAUAAACCUUAAUUUCCCAAUUUGUGUAUUAAAAAUCAGUCUCGCUUUAAAGCUCCUGUAAGGAACUUUUGGGUUGUGUUGCUUUUGGCACCCUCCUGUGGACAGAAUGAGUUGACAAUCUCACUGCUGGUCUUGUACAUGGAUCUUUUAUGUGAAAAAAAUCCAAAAUAGGCUGUUUCUGCAGAAUACUGUUCAUUUUCUCACAGGGCAUCAACCCAGCAGCAGUCAGAGGCAUGAAAAAAAUCUGACAGAAAAUCUGAACUAUGAGUCGCCACCAAUAGAAGCCACAGCCUCAUUUUUUAAAAAUCUCCUUAAGGGAAAAAAUGUUGAUAUUGUACUCCAAUGUGAUCAUUUCCAUUUCUUUCAGCAAACUCCACAACAUUAAGUUUCUAAGCAGCUUUGCUUGCUCUUUAGUACUAUCUGUUUUGACCUGAAUCUACUAGCUAUAGUACGAUAGUUGAGCUCUCAUCCCGCAGUGAUAGUUGUGAGAUGGACUCACAGCCCCACGAAUCACACUGCCCUCCUCUGCCUGAGUUUUUCAGUCAAACCAGCACUUUAAUCAGGAUGCUCCCCAUUUCCUUGAAAUUCACCAAUUCAUAACCAAAGUUACCUCAAGACACUUUACAAAAAAGAGCAGGUCUAGACCAUACUCUUUUUUUAACAACUAAUCACAUUUAUUGAACAAAAAAUUUGCAGUUUGGACCUUUAAUGAAACAAAAAUAAGACAAAGAGAAAGGACUACAUAAACAUGUUUUAAAAAAGGACAUCAUUACAGAAACCCUAGAAUGACAUGCAGGAAGACACUUUUAUUUUACUCAAUUUCUCAUGACAAAGCAUACACUUUGCUUGCGUUCUAGAGAUACCGAGAAAGGUACACAUUAACAUGGAAAAAAAAAUUAAAUUAACUAAGUCACAAUUUGGAGAAAACAACCAAAAUUUACUUUCCAUGGAGGCAAAAUGGAGCAAAAAUAAAAUGCAUUGUUGCUAUGAGGUGCAAAUCUCCUAUAUCUAAAAUCAUUAUUUUCAGGAGAUGGGGAAAAUAUGUCUUCCUUUUUUUAAUCAAAACACUACAUCAUUAAAGUAAACAUUAUACUUUCCUACCAUUUACCAAAAAAAUGUAAACUCCCGCACUUGGUCUAACCUGCAAAAAAGUCAUUUAUUUGCAACACUUUAGCACCAGACCUUCACUGGGCAAGUUGGUUUAAAAAAAUAUUUCAGCUGCUGUCAAAUAUUUCACUGCAGUUUAUAUAUUACGCCUACUGUGAAGUAUUUAAACUGCUAAAUUUUAGAAUUAAAAAUUCUUAGAAACUUUUACACACUGUCUUACUUCCAGAAAAAGUUGCUUAUUUGCAGUGUCGCAGUAAAAACCAGCUAGAAUCUUUCAUAUUACCACUUAGCAGUGUGUGACAGUGGAAGCUGCAUGCACGUUGGUUAAUGAUGUCUCAGCACUUUGAACUGAUUUAUUGUUCGCAUCAACAUAUACGACGCAGAUAACUGCUUUUAAAUUGAAAGAAUUAGGUAUUAAAAUUGUAGCUUAUACACCAGAUUUAACGGUAUGUCAUAAUCUCUCCAUUGAUUGCUUCACAACUGGUAAAAAUCUCCUCACAGGAGCUCUAAGAUAUGUUAAAGGUUGACAUGUUAGUCCCACAUAUACGGGGGGGUUCAGAUGAAUAUGAACAUGUUUAAUCUGAGCAACCAUGAAAAGGGACGUAUUUGGUUAAAAUGGUUUCACUGGUUUGCUGUGUUUUUGUGUCAGUGGAAACAGCUGCUUCACCUGUAGAAAAUAAGGGAUGUUUCUAUUCUUCCUACCUUCUCGAUCAAAUUCAAGCUCUUGUUUGGAUGAACAGCAUGCUUGUGCUGCUGGAGCAGGCCGCAGAUGUCCGUCUGUAGAAGAAGCUUCAGUUUUGUUUUUUUGUUUGUCUUCCACUAUCCCCUCGUCAGCACUCGGGGUGGGGU